AUGAACGGAGACAGCUUCUUGGCAAAGAUUCUUAGGAAGGAUACCCAGAAAUCAGAGAAGAAAUGCAAGGCCUUCAAGGAUAUUGCCAAAUACAUCUCUAAGGAAGAGUGGGCAAAGCUGGGAUAUUCAGAGAAAAUCACCUAUGUGUAUAUGAAGAGAAACUAUGACACUAUGACUCGUCUAGGUCUCAGGGCCAAACUCCCAGCUUUCAUGUAUCCUAAAAAACGGACCACAAAAUCCCGUGGGCAUAAUUCUGGUGAAGGUCGGAACCCCAGGAAUCAGGGACCCAGGAAAGGGAAGACUAAUGUCUGGGCCCACAGGUUGCGAGAAAGACCCCUAGCAUAUGAAGAGAUCAGUGAUCCCGAGGAAGAUGACUGA